AUAGAAAAAAAAGCUUUCCAGGCCAAAAAAAAGAACACUGAAAGCGGAUAGUGUGUAUUAUGUGACGAGAAUUCAUUACGAUCCUGAAGAACCAUAAUCUGGAAGACGAUGAAGAGUAUUAAGAGAAAAAAAAACCUCAUAGCACAAUGUGAUAAAAUGACUUUUUUUUUAGUGUAAUCGAGAUUUUUCCAAUAAGUCGCAAUUAUUAAAAAAAAAGUGUUCUUUCAAACAAAAAAUACAUUGUCCGAAAAUUGUUUGCGCGCUACACAUUAUCCGUGUAAUGACGACAGUGCAAGAUAAUGAUGAUGAUGAUAAUGAUACUUCAAGAGAGAAAAAAAAAAUUGUGCAAUUUUCAAAACAAAGAUAAAUUUUACUUUCAACAUAUAUAAAAUUUUGUAAUGGCAAAAUAAAGCAAGAGAAAACAAAAAUGUAUCAAAAAUGACUGACAAGAAUUCAAAAAAAACAAAUUAAAUUCAAAAAUAGGGAAAAAAAAAAAAAUUAUUUGAAAAUCUUGUGAACUAGUUUAACACGGGAAUUUGGAAAAUUCAUUUUUUUUUCUCUUCUAAAUUUAUUUCCUUGUCAUUUAAAAUGGACGCCCUUUGGAAUUCUUCGCGUUCAUCAAAUUCCAUGAAUAUCACGACAGUCAUCUGCAAUUCAACAAUCAAUUCAGAAAUAUUGUGUGACAAUGAAGAGGAUUUAGGUUUUGAUCGUGAAUUGGUACAUCAAAUAGUCAUUGUUGUUGUGCCAUUAUUUUUUGGUUUAAUUGGAAUAUUGGGUCUUGUUGGAAAUUCAUUAGUUGUACUUGUGGUUGCCGCUAAUCCAGGAAUGAGAUCAACAACAAACAUUUUAAUAAUUAAUCUUGCUGUGGCCGAUUUACUUUUUGUAUUAUUUUGUAUACCAUUUACGGCAACUGACUUUGUUUUGCCAUUUUGGCCAUUUGGAAACAUAUGGUGUAAAGUUGUACAGUAUCUAAUUAUCGUCACUGCCUGCGCAAGUGUCUACACACUCGUUCUAAUGAGUUUAGACAGGUACUUGGCGGUGGUACAUCCCAUAGCUUCCAUGUCUGUAAGGACCGAGACACAUGCAUUUAUUGCAAUUUGUAUCCUAUGGGCUGUGAUCCUAACAGUUUCAAUACCAGCACUUAUCAUUCAUGGCGAGAUUCAUUUUAUUUUACAGGAAAUGGACAUCUCGUCGUCGGAAAAUCUGACGGCGUGUCGAAUACUGCAACAUGUUAACUGGCCGUUAUUCCAGGUGUCAUUUUUCUUAUCGAGCUACGUUGUGCCUCUGACCCUUAUAAUAGGUCUCUAUAUCUGUAUGCUGUUGAGAUUAUGGCGAGGAUCUCGAAUCAGCGCAGAAAGUCGUCGAGGGAGAAAAAGAGUGACGCGACUGGUCGUCGUUGUCGUUGGAGUUUUCGCAUUUUGCUGGCUUCCAAUUCAGUUGAUUUUAGUGAUCAAGUCAGUGGGCGAAUAUCCUUUGACGACAGCAACGAUCAUGAUGCAAAUUGCAAGUCACGUGCUCGCCUAUACCAACAGCUGUGUCAAUCCAUUUCUGUAUGCAUUUCUUAGUGAAAAUUUUCGAAAAGCCUUCAGAAAAAUCAUCUAUUGCAGAUCACGACUGGAUCCACAUCAUCGGCUUGGACCACCAACAAGAACAACAAGGGCUGCUAGUACAGGUGACAUUUUAUAGGAUGCUGGUUUACAAAUCACCAUUUCGACAACGGUAGGAAACAUUAAGGACUCACACAUUUUAUAAGUAUAUAAUAAUGAUCGUAAAAUAAUUUAAAAAAUUGAUAAUAGCGAAAAAAACGUGAGUCACUGAAAUGGAGAAAAAAAACCAAAGCAAUUCGAGAAAUAAAAAAAAAAAAAUUAGAUCGAUUAUCGAAUUAUACGAAACUAUGUAAAAUAUAUGUGAUAUCGUAAACAAUAAGUGAUAUUAAAAAAAAGUCCCGUUGCGUGAGAAUUAAAAUUCAUUUAAACAAUAGGUACUCCAAUUAAAAUCGUUCGAUAACAUUUCACGUGUGAAUAAUUUAAAUUCCAAACCAUUAUUCAAUUCAUUCCAAUUAUAUAAUAACAAAUCAAAAAAUUUUAUUUUCUAUUUAUUUACAUAUUUUUUUAAACUUUUUUUUGCCAACUUUAUCUUUUUUAAAGAAAUGCGAAAAAAAAAAAAAUAUAUA